CCUGGCUGCCCCGCCUCCAGCUCCCCACUGCCCUGGGAGCCCACGCCGGCUGGCCGGAGGAGCCAUGGGGCGCUGGGCUCGGGUCCCUGGUCCCUGCCCCCCACUGGGGCUGUAUCCCCUCCUGUUGCUUCUGCUGCUGCUGCCUUGGGAAGCCCAGCCCCAGGCUGGCGAGAACUACACGGAGCCCCCAGGACCUAAUGCCACAGCUACCCGGGGAGCCCCUUUGAUCCCUGUGACCUCGGUGACACCCAAGACCCCAACCAGGAGCCCUCCAGAGGCAGAGGUGGGAGCAGAGGGACCCCAAGGUGGGGAGCAGCCCAACCCAGGCAUGGCGACUCCCUCAAACAGCGUCCCUGAGGGUCAAGUGCUCACGGAGGCUGGGCAGCCCUGCAGGUUCCCAUUCCGCUAUGGUGGCCGCAUGCUGCACACCUGCACCCUGGAGGGUAGUGCCCACAGGAAGUGGUGUGCGACAACUCACAACUACGACCGGGACAGGGCCUGGGGCUACUGUGUGGAGACUGCCCUGCCAUCACAGGGCCCAGCUGCCCUGGACCCCUGUGCCUCUGGCCCCUGCCUCAAUGGCGGCACCUGCUCUAGCACCCAGGACCCCACAUCCUACCACUGCACCUGCUCCGCAGCCUUCACAGACAGGGACUGCGGCACGGCGAAGUGCUUCGACGAGGGCCGCCAAGAGUACCUGGAGCCGGGUGACCGCUGGGCCCGCGUGCACCAGGGCCGGGUGGAGCAGUGCGGCUGCGCAGGGGGCCAGGCGCGGUGCAGAGGCGCCCCUCACACAGCAUGCCUGAGCAGCCCGUGCCUGAAUGGGGGCACCUGCCACCUCAUCACGGGCACCGGGACCAGCGUCUGUGCCUGCCCACCGGGCUACGCCGGGCGGCUUUGCAAUAUCGUGCCCUCCGAGCGCUGCUUCGUGGGCAACGGCACCGAGUACCGCGGUGUGGCCAGCACGGCGGCCUCGGGCCUGGGCUGCUUGGCCUGGAACUCCGACCUGCUCUACCAGGAGCUGCACGUGGACUCGGUGGACGCCGCCGCCCUGCUGGGCCUGGGCCCCCACGCCUUCUGCCGGAACCCAGACAAGGACGAGCGGCCCUGGUGCUACGUGCUGAAGGACCACGCGCUCUCCUGGGAGUACUGCCGCCUGGCAGCCUGCGAAUCCCUGUCUAGAUUCCAUCCGCCACCCCCUGAGGUCCUGGCCAUGCUGCCCGAGGCGGCUCCAGCCCCGCGCCCAACCUGUGGUCGGAGGCACAAGAAAAGGACAUUCCUGCGGCCACGCAUCGUCGGCGGCUCGUCCUCGCUGCCCGGCUCCCACCCUUGGCUGGCUGCCAUCUACAUCGGGGACAGCUUCUGCGCCGGGAGCCUCAUCCACACCUGCUGGGUGGUGUCCGCUGCCCACUGCUUCUCCAGCAGCCCCCCCAGAGGCAGCGUCUCAGUGGUGCUGGGCCAGCACAUCUUCAACCGCACAACGGAUGUGACGCAGACAUUCGCCAUCGAGAAAUACAUCCCCUACCCGCUGUACUCGGUGUUCAACCCCAGCGACCACGACCUGGUCCUGAUCCGGCUGAGGAAGAAGGGCGACCGCUGUGCCGUGCGCUCCCAGUUUGUGCAGCCCAUCUGCCUGCCCGAGCCCGGCAGCUCCUUCCCCGCGGGGCACAAGUGCCAGAUCUCAGGCUGGGGCCACAUGGACGAGCAGGUGAGCGGCUACGCCAGCUCCCUGCGGGAGGCGCUGGUCCCCAUUGUGGCUGACCACAAGUGCAGUAGCCCAGAGGUGUACGGUGCCGACAUCAGCCCCAACAUGCUCUGCGCCGGCUACUUCGACUGCAAGUCCGACGCCUGCCAGGGGGACUCAGGCGGGCCCCUGGCCUGCGAGAAGAACGGGGUGGCCUACCUGUACGGCAUCAUCAGCUGGGGCGACGGCUGCGGGCGGCUCAACAAGCCGGGCGUCUACACCCGCGUGGCCAACUACGUGGACUGGAUCAGCGACCGGAUACGGCCCGCCAAGCGGCCCCUGCCCCCCUCGUAGGCGCUGGGCAGGGGUGUCCUGCCCUCUCACAAUUGCUUGCCUUGAGGACAAUAAAGACGGUCGGAGACCCGACCAUGCUGUUGUG